AUGGCAGCACGGAGGUGGGCCGGAGGGUGGUGCGGCGAGGCUGCGCGGGAGCGCCACCGGCCGUGGGAUGGUGGUGGCAGGCGGUUUGGCCGGCGGUCUCGGGAAGCCGCCGAGGAGACCCGCGCCCGCAUCCUCGGGGACGCCGGCUCCGGCGGCGACCGCGUCGUGGUGCUCCCGCUCGACCUCUCCUCCCUCGCCUCCGUCCGCCGCUUCGUCGGCCGCUUCCUCGCCCUCCGCCUCCCCCUCAACCUCCUCAUAAACAACGCGGGGCAGUACGCGGAGCGGUUCGCGGUGUCGGAGGACGGCGUGGAGAUGACCUUCGCCACCAACUACCUGGGCCACUUCCUGCUCACGGAGCUGCUCCUGCCCGCCAUGGCGGACACGGCCAGGGCCACCGGCGUGCAGGGCCGCGUCGUCAACGUCUCCUCCACCGUGCACGCCUGGUUCGCCGCCGCCGACGGGCCCCUCGCCUACCUCCACCGCGUCACCCGCAAGGCCACGCCGUACGAUCCGACGCGGGCCUACGCGCUGUCCAAGCUCGCCAACGUGCUCCACACCGCGGCCCUCGCCGGCCGGCUCCGGGAGAUGGGCGCCGACGUCACCGCCAACUGCGUCCACCCCGGCAUCGUCCGCACCCGCCUCAUCCGCGACCGCGCCGGCCUCGUCACCAACACGGUGUUCUUCCUGGCGUCCAAGCUCCUCAAGACGGUGCCCCAGGCGGCGGCGACGACGUGCUACGCGGCGGCGGCGCCGUCGAGGCUGGCGUGCAGCGCCGAGGAGGCCUCCAGGCUGUGGAGCUUCUCCGAGGGCAUCACCGCCGAGAAGGAGAAGGAGAUGAGCCUCCCCGUCACCAGCUUCAGGUUCCAGGUCCAGAGCUCCAACGCCGACCGCGGCAUGGCCAUCGCCUAG